AAUCUUAGACUUACAUUGCUAAAGGAGAGAAGCAUUAAAUUAACAUGGAUUCCUGGUGGAAAAGCACACGACCAAACCGUUGUGUAUGAUAUUGCUUGCAAAAUUCUGUGUGAAACGGAGUUUUGUGCACCAGACCAAUGCAAACAUCUAAAAUUUGCACCAGCAUCGAAAAAUGUUCGCCAAACCAACGUUAUCAUUUCUGGAUUCAACGAACAUGACUUGCAAUAUAUUUUUGAAGUUCGUACAAAGAAUAACUCACUCAAAUAUUCAGAAUGGUAUGAAGACAUUAUUUGGAAUUACGUGGCAAUCAAUUAUACUGCAGAUUUUAAGGAGCCCAUUUUGCUUGAUUCAAAAUCUGUGAGCAUUGUCGAUAUCAUCAUUGGUGUAUCAGUUUUCCUCCUCACUUUAGUUGUGGCGAUUUUUGUUGCCCGCUUUUACAACAGAUGGAGACGAAGAAAAGAAGCUCCUGGUUUUGAUGAUGAAAAUGAUGAAUAUUUGACAGCAACUGAAAUUUCAUUGACAGACAUAACAGCGCACUAUGUGAAUCCAACUGACUAUGAUCGUGUUGAAAACGUCUUGCAAAAAUUUACCAUCCAAUUGAAUGAAAAAGAUCUUAAAACGGAAGUCAUUAUUGGCGAAGGUGAGUUUGGUGUUGUUUGGAAAGGAUUUCUGAAAAAGAAUAGAAAUGAAACAACUGUUGCUGUGAAAUGCCUUCGAAGCGGCUUGUCACCGAAACAUCGUCAUGAUUUUCUUGCUGAGGCAUCAGUAAUGGGACAAUUUAAACAUCCUAACAUCAUUUCAUUGUAUGGUGUUAUUGUCAAAAAGCAAACUGUGAAAAUUGUCAUGGAAUAUAUGACAAAUGGUUCAUUGAAUCACUACUUAAUGAAAAAUAAUGGAAAACUAAUUCUUUUGCAAUUGCUUGGCAUGGCUCGUGGAAUUGCAUCCGGAAUGAAUUAUCUUUCUGGACGAAAUUUCAUACACAGAGAUCUUGCUGCAAGAAACAUACUUGUUGACGAACAAAUGAUUUGUAAAGUGUCUGAUUUUGGGCUUACUCGUGAGAUUUGCCAAACAUCGAACUACGAAACUAGGGGAGGAAAAAUUCCCAUUCGCUGGACAGCACCUGAAGUGAUAAAACAUCGAAAGUCUUUCAAAGCGAGUGAUGUUUGGAGUUACGGUGUUGUUUUAUGGGAGAUUAUGGCAUAUGGUCAGCGGCCGUAUUGGGAAUGGGAUAAUUUUCGUGUUUUACAAGAACUAGAAAAUGGUUACAGACUUCCUGCUCCAUUGAAAUGUCCAAAGUCAGUUCAUACACUGAUGCUUGAUUGCUGGGAAAAAGAGCGAACAAGUCGACCAACAUUUUUACAAAUUAUUGAGAGGCUUGAUGAUUGGAUACGUUCACCAGAAACAGUACAUUAUUCACCAGAGAUAAAAUUAAGAAAAAACAUCAAAGAAAUUCAGUCGCCAAUUAGUGAUUGGCUCGACUCUAUUAAAAUGGGGAAGUAUGCAGUUAACUUUCACGACGCUGGAUAUGAUCGAUUAAGUCAGAUAAUGAACUUAACUGAGCAGGAUUUAACUGAGAUGGGAAUCACUCUGAUUGGUCAUAGACAUAAGAUACAUCAGAGUAUACCAUUGAUCACGUGAUAAUUAGCUCUGAAAAUUUUAAGUCAAGUUUUUCUCGCCACGAAAAAUAAGAGGAUUUACUUAUCAUUUUUUUGUUAUUCGAGAUUUGCUGUAUCAUAGUUUGUGGGAUAAAAGACUUAUGCAAGAAACAAAUUUGACGUGGACAAAUUUAUAGCUUUUGCUAUAUUUCUUGUGUUUAACACAACAGUUGUUUUGUUCUAUUGUUUGGUUCAAGAAGAAUUACUUAAGAAAAGUGCUAUUUUAAUGGCAAAGACAAGAUUUAUUUAGUUCAAAUUUUUGGUUUGUAUAAUAAUUGAUCAAUGAUGUUAAUAUUUGUAAUUAGUUUAUAACAUUUGGUUAAUAUAUCAGUAGUUCUAUA